AACGGUGGUGAGCAUCCUUCGGGAACUGGCGGAGAAGCAGCAGCUUUCUGAGGAAACUCUGCGUUUGCUGCAGGCCCAAUUUUCAGAUUUGCCGUUAGAGUUGCACAGCUGGAGACAGAUGGCAGAAUACUCACCAGAAAUGAGGCAAUUUGCUUGUAUUCUCCACCUCUACCAUAUUAAGGCCUAUGAUUAUCUACGGAAGAUUUUUCCGCUCCCUCAUCCUUACAGCCUGACAAAUUGGCUGUCUAAUAGUGAGGCUGCUGCAGGCUUCAGCAAUGACAUUUUUCUCCGCCUUCAGGAAAAGGUAGAGAGAGGGGAACAGGCGUACCGCUACUGUGCCCUGAUGGUACAAGACAUGUCCCUGCAGAAGCAGCAGGAGUGGGACCCACAGACCCAGCGCCUGACAGGCUUUGUUGACUUGGGAGCAGGUGUCCUUGAUGCUGAUGAAGCUCCGCUGGCCUCAGAAGCGAUAAUCCUCAUGGCAGUUGGCAUCUCGAGUCCCUGGACAGCUCCACUUGGUUACUUCUUUGUGAACAGCAUGACUGGCCACUUACUUGCUCAGCUGCUUCGUCAGACCAUCAAUAAGCUGAACAACAUUGGCAUCACGGUGCUCGCUGUGACGUCAGGCGCCACUGCUCGUGGUGCUGAGACUGCCAGAGCUCUGGGGAUCAGGAUAGAUCCUGAAAGGAUUCAGUGCACUUUCCGGCAUCCGCCUGGCUCUGCUCACAGCAUCACGUAUUUCUUUGACAUUUGCCAUGCACUGCAGCUGAUAAGGAAUGCUCUGCAGUGCUUCCAGAAGAUAGAGUGGCUCAGUGAUACUGUGUGGUGGCAGCAUGUGGUGGAGCUGGCGGCUUUGCAGGAGCAGAGGGUAUCAGAGCUGUGCAGUCCCAAGUCAGGUGGACCUGGCAGUAAGGAGAGUUACCACCUGAAGGUCAACCUUGCUACCCUGUUGUUCAGCGAGGGUGUUGCUGAUGCACUGGAACACCUCCAGAAGCUGGGCCUGGCCUCAUUCCAGAACUGCAGUGGUACUGUCAAGUUUGUGCGUUUGAUUAGCUGUCUGUGCGAUGUAUUUCAUGGCAGAGGUUCCUAUCGAAGGGGACUGAAAGGGCCUUUGCAAGCUGGAAAUUACACUAAAAUAAGCCACCUCUUUAAUGAGGCCAAGAGUUUUUUCAUCACCUUAACGGACUCUAUGGGGAGAUACAUUAUUAAGAGCAAACGCAAACUAGGAUUUCUGAGUUUCUUGCUCAAUGGCGAAAGCCUCAAGUGGCUCUACAGCAACUAUUUGUGUCCAGAGGGCACUCCUUCCCUCCACCUCCUGACCUACGCCUUCAGCCUUGACCCACUGGAGCUGUUUCUCAGGACCCUCCAGCAAGCCUGUGGCAGCAGUGGGAGCCCCACCUGCACUGUGUUCCAGGCUGCUUAUCACAAACUGCUGGCCAACUGCAGCCUG